AUGACCAACGACACGAACAAUUCGAUAAGUUCUAUGGACAAACGAAAAUGUUUUACUAAUAAAAAUAUAAAUGAAAGACCGAGCGAACACGGACCCCGGGACGCACCAAAGGCGGGAGCAGGUGCCCAGAACACUGAUUUUGUUUUGAAUUUCUACCAUUAUACUCCUUUGCCGUCAAAAUGGACUAACAACGUUAGAGCAUUGAAGAAGCUGUUAAAAUCAGGAAUAUAUCCUAAUAUAUGUGACGCAAUUGGAGAUCCAUUGCUAUUUACACCCAUUGUUUAUGGAGAUGUAGAAGCACUAAAACGUUUGCUGCCAUAUACAGAUGUCAAUAUAGAAAACAGGGAUUGUCGAACACCGCUAAUUCUUGCAGUGGAAAUGGGCGAUAUCGAUAUUGUGAAGAUGUUAAUCAAAGCAGGCGCACGAGUAGACUGCAGAGACAGUUCUGGUAAAACUCCUUUGUUGUUGGCUCUGGAAAAUGGAAAUUUCAAAAUCGCAGAAUACCUUAUUAAACAUGGAAGUGAUGUCAAUGAUAUUGAUGACCUCGGUCAAUCUGGCCUUCAUCUUAUUGCCACUGGUGGACACACUGACUGUGCUCGAAUCGUUAAAAUUCUGUUCAAAUGUGGAUACGUGAUGAAAGACGUUGACAACUGGCUUUCCCCAGAGGAUUUGGUCGCUAAUCCAAAUCUUCAAUAUACAUAUUACAAACUAAUUCAAGACGUCAAAGCUGUAAUAAAAGUAAAUUCAAUGGAAUCAUUAGCUAUCCCCAGAGAAUGUUUUGAAUCGUGAGGACAGAAUAUCAAUUCCCCUAAGGGUUCCUAAAACUGCUACUGUGGAGUCCAAGUUCAUCACCUUAGGAUUCUAUUGUGCACUUUGUCAGUGGAACUGUGAAGCAAAGGAUGACCCAUUGAGGUCACCGAAAGGACAUAUAAUUCAGUCUUGUUGAUUUUCAUUUAAUGAGCAAUAACGCAUUGUCAUCAUGGCUCACUUCCUUUGAAACAUGAAUGGAAAUACAAACAUCAACAAUACUUGAAUUUUCCUUUUUUAAAAAGAAAAGGUGAAGCUAACGAACAGUGAUCAAUCUCAUAACUCCUAUAAGCAAUAC